AUGAUGCUGCUCAUUUCACUGCUGCUUAUGGGACUUGGCUGCUUGCUGGGAGCUCCAGCAGGUCGAGAAGUGUACAGGAUGCCCCAGAGUGCACUCAAAGCUCUGUCUGAUCGUGGCACCGUGGUUCUUGAGGCGGCUAUGACUAGUGCUCUUUCCGCUCUCGAUCGUGCCUCAUCAGAGAGGAGUCGGGCUGAAACCAGCUGCCGGGGCUGUGUCCCCUGUUUGUUUCAGGACUGUGGUCAACUGUCCGGCUCCUGCUCGCCUCCGUCCAAUGCCUUAUUAGAGCCCAGCUGUGAUGUCAUCAGUAAGGCCCAGAAGCUUCAGGAAGAAGCUGAGCGGAGUUGGGCGCUGAGUCAGGCCUGUGCGUACUAUCAGCAUCGCUGUCCAGCGGGCGAACUGGACAAGGAGAGCUGCAUCAGGAUCAUGGGUGAGAGCUGCAGUGCCCGUGUCCUCCAGUGCAGCCUGCUGAACACCAUGCAGAACCUGGAACCUGCUACUCAGACGCAUGCACAGGCAGCAGUUUGUGGUCAGAGAUCAUCCAGGGUACAAAACAUCACACAGCCUCGCUCCAGGAUUGUGGGAGGCUCUCCUGCUCCUCUGGGCAGCUGGCCCUGGCUGGUCAACCUCCAGCUGGACGGUGGCCUGAUGUGUGGAGGGGUCCUGGUGGACAGCUCCUGGGUGGUGACGGCUGCUCAUUGCUUUGCUGGCAGCCGUAGUGAGAGCUACUGGACAGCCGUGGUGGGGGAGUUUGACAUCACCAAGACUGAUCCUGAUGAGCAGAUCCUCAAAGUUAACCGAAUCAUCCCUCAUCCUAAGUUCAACUCAAAGACAUUUAACAAUGACAUAGCUCUGGUGGAGCUGACGUCCCCGGUGGUUUUGUCCGACCAUGUCACUCCAGUGUGUCUCCCCUCUGGCAUGGACCCCCCUACAGGCAGUCCCUGUCUAGUGGCAGGCUGGGGCUCCCUCUAUGAGGAUGGCCCAUCUGCUGAUGUGGUGAUGGAGGCCAAAGUGCCCCUGCUGCCUCAGAGCACCUGUAAGAGUGCCCUCGGCAAAGAACUGGUCACCAAUACUAUGCUGUGUGCUGGCUAUCUCUCCGGAGGCAUAGACUCCUGUCAGGGAGAUUCUGGAGGCCCUCUGAUCUACCAGGACAGAAUCUCAGGUCGGUUCCAGCUCUACGGCAUCACCUCCUGGGGAGACGGCUGUGGCGAGAAGGGAAAACCUGGAGUCUACACACGGGUUUCUGCUUUCUCGGACUGGAUUCAGGCUGAGAUACAAAAGUCAUUUGGAAGCAGGGAGCCAACAUGUCCAGAGCUUCUAAAGACAACAGAAAUGACAGAAGAGGAGCAGAGGUCCGAGUUCAGCUCUCUUUGUCGCUUCUACACACUGACAUGCCCCUCUGGUCAGUCCAUCAGCACCUGCAACCGAAUGGCUGAGGACAAGUGUCUGACCCGCUUCAAGAAAUGUCAGCUGCGUUCGUUCCUGCAGACCCUGCUGGACCUGCUGCAGAGGGCUGAGGACUACAUCAGGGAUAAAGUCGACUUGACCUUCUUCACCCAGACUCUUCCUCAGCUGGUGGAGCACAUCUACAACACAGCUUUCGCUCACACCCGAGAAAGGAGGGACCUGAGUGGUGGUCUCACUCACAUUAAAGAUGGAGGACUCCUCAGUACAUCAGCUGGAGGGAGAAUUCCGAUCUGUUAUCUCAGCUCUGCGUUCAAAAUUGGACUCCAGAGCUGCGCCUCCCAUCAUGCACUUGGACACCGUCUACCUCCUGGAGGAGUCUCCCAACAAUCCCCUUUUCCAACAUCUUCCACUGGAACACCAGCCCACCCAGGCCACUCCUCCUCUUCCUCUUCCUCAACCCCCUCCUCCCAGGAGCCCCGGCAGCAGCCUUGGUCACUUCUAACAGCCCUGAUGAACGAAAUGGAAAAAUUAAGCUCACAUGAUGAAAUUGUGACAGACGAUACAUCUGAUAGUGACACCUCUUUCAAUAAAGACAUGCCUCUGGAUGAACAUUUUGGAGCAGCGUUAGAGGAUAUUACGUUCUUUGAGAACGGGGAGCGAGAAAAACUCAAAUCUACAGCAUUGUCGCUUCAAGUGCAGUCAACCACUGCGGUUCAGCCGGUCACUGAUGGGGCUCACACAGAGACGACCACUGAGCCCAGACAAACUGUGCGUGCUGUAAAAAGUCCAAAUAGAAAAUACAGGAGCCUUCUUCGCAAGAGGCAGAUACCUGGGGCAAUCGGAAAAAUUUGUCCUGGAGUAAGAGAGUCCUCACAGCAAGUCAGCCAAGUCAGAGACUCGUACAGCUGGGUCUUAAGCAUCCCAAACAAGAACCUACGCAUGAGCUUCCAAGAGGUGUUAGUUGAUCUGAGCUCAAAGAACGAGCGAGGACUUUACCAGGCGCGGGUCAGAGCAGUAGUAGGCGGACGACCUUUGACCUUCUACAGUCUUGUCGGCUUGGAGAAUGAGUCAUUUUACCGUAGUGUGCCAAGGAUCAUCGCAUUGGCUCUGGAAGCACUGAAGACUUGACUCCAUCAGAAAAACAAGUGAGAUGAACAAAUAUAAUAAAGACUGAACCGAGAGAUGAAGGGACAAAGACUCUCGAAAAGACUUGUUUAAAAAGCACCAGAAAAGCCUCGUCUUGUGACAGAGAUGCACAGAAAAACGCACACUCACGCAAACUUUACUUCUCCUGCCGACUGCUGUGAAAGCAUUCUCUUCCCAGUCCAAGAGCCUGACGUCGUCUAGAUGAAAACACAACCAUGAAUGUAUCAAUCCAUCUAUCGAACACCCAUCAUGCUGCAGGAUUUUGUUUUUUAUGUGGUUGGAGAAGCAGCCCUGUCUAACUUAUGAACCUGUACAAAAUGAUAAGUUAUUCAUUAUGUCUUUUGCAAAGGUUGAGCCUCUUGUGAA